AUGGCGCAAUCACUGGAAUUGCUGUUAAUUCAGUUCUUGAUGCCGGACAACGAUGCCAGGAGGCAGGCGGAGGAUCAAAUUAAGCGGCUGGCCAAGGAUCCUCAAGUUGUUCCGGCUCUCAUUCACCAUCUCCGAACUGCCAAGACUCCUAAUGUGCGGCAGCUCGCAGCCGUGCUUCUUCGUAAGAAGAUUACUGGUCACUGGGCUAAGCUCUCGCCUCAACUCCGGCAACUUGUUAAGCAGUCUCUGAUCGAAAGCAUCACAAUGGAGCACAGUCCACCAGUGAGGAAAGCAAGCGCAAAUGUGGUGAGUAUAGUAGCAAAGUAUGCGGUGCCUGCUGGGGAAUGGCCUGAUUUGUUGCCGUUUCUGUUCCAGUGGAGUCAGAGUGCCCAAGAAGACCAUAGAGAAGUGGCGUUGAUACUUUUUAGCUCCUUAACUGAGACAAUUGGGAAUUCAUUUCAGCCAUAUUUUACAGACCUACAGACUCUGCUACUCAAGUGCCUUCAGGAUGAAACCAGUAGCCGAGUCAGAGUUGCUGCCCUCAAGGCUGUUGGUUCAUUUUUAGAGUUCACACUUGAUCACGCAGAUGUGAUCAAGUUCAGAGAGUUUAUACCAAGCAUUUUGAAUGUGGCAAGGCAUUGCCUUGCUGCAGGUGAAGAAGAUGUAGCUGUUAUUGCGUUCGAAAUAUUUGAUGAGCUGAUAGAAUCUCCAGCUCCGCUGCUUGGGGAAUCAGUGAAAUCCAUUGUACAAUUUUCGCUUGAAGUUUGCUCAAGUUUAAAUUUGGAAUCUAAUACACGCCACCAGGCAAUACAAAUUAUAUCUUGGCUUGCCAAGUACAAAUCUAGCUCCUUGAAGAAGUACAAACUAGUGAUACCAAUUCUUCAAAUCAUGUGUCCCCUGUUGGCUGAAUCAUCCGAUAGGGAUGAAGAUGAUGAUCUUGCUCCAGAUCGUGCUGCUGCUGAAGUUAUCGACACUAUGGCCAUGAGCUUGUCAAAGCUUGUUUUUCCACCUGUUUUUGAGUUUGCUUCUAUCAGCUGUCAAAGUGUUAAUCCCAAGUUUCGAGAAGCUUCUGUUACAGCUUUGGGUGUCAUUUCUGAGGGUUGUUUAGACUGGAUGAAACGCAAGCUGGAGCCCAUUCUUCAUAUAGUAUUGGGUGCUCUCAGGGAUCCUGAGCAGAUGGUCAGGGGCGCUGCUUCAUUUGCGUUGGGUCAAUUUGCUGAGUACCUGCAGCCUGAGAUAGUAUCCCACUACGAAGCUGUUCUGCCGUGCAUAUUAAAUGCCCUUGAGGACACCUCAGAUGAAGUGAAGGAAAAAUCUUACUAUGCCUUGGCGGCAUUCUGUGAGAAUAUGGGGGAUGAAAUUCUUCCCUUUUUGGAGCCUUUGAUGGGAAAAUUACUUGGUGCUCUCCAGAACAGUCCGCGUAAUCUUCAAGAAACAUGCAUGUCUGCAAUUGGUUCAGUAGCAUCAGCUGCAGAACAAGCUUUCGUUCCGUAUGCUGAAAGGGUUCUAGAAUUGAUGAAAGUCUUCUUGGUGCUUACAAAUGACGAAGAUCUCCGUGCACGAGCAAGGGCUACUGAGUUGGUUGGGAUUGUUGCGAUGUCAGUUGGCAGAACUAGGAUGGAACCAAUUUUACCACCUUUUAUUGAAGCCGCGAUAUCGGGUUUUGGGUUGGAUUACAGUGAACUUAGGGAGUACACUCAUGGUUUUUUCAGCAACGUUGCUGAGAUUUUGGAUGAUGGUUUUACCAAGUAUCUUCCCCAUGUCGUUCCACUGGCAAUUUCCUCCUGCAACCUCGAUGAUGGCUCUGCCAUUGAUAUUGACGAUUCUGAUGAAGAUGAGAAUAUUAAUAGUUUUGGAGGCGUGUCAUCAGAUGAUGAAGCACACGACGAUACAAGAGUUCGUAACAUCAGUGUAAGAACAGGUGUACUAGAUGAAAAAGCCGCUGCAACUCAAGCUCUUGGGUUGUUUUGUUUGCAUACGAAGGCCUCUUUUGCACCGUACUUGGAAGAGACAAUGAAGAUUAUGGUAAGGCAUUCAAGCUACUUUCACGAGGAUGUCCGGCUCCAAGCUGUAACUGGUCUGAAAUAUAUUUUGAUUGCUGCUCAAUCAGUCUUCCAAGGUCAUAAUGAAGGAAUUACAAAACUUAAAGAAGUACUAGAGACUGUGAUGAAUAAUUACAUGACAAUAAUGGCCAACGAUGAUGACAAGGAAGUUGUUGCCCAAGCUUGUACAAGUGUUGCUGACAUCAUCAAGGAUUUUGGUUACUUAGCAAUGGAGCCUUAUUUGCCUCAGCUGGUAGAGCUGACUUUGACGCUGCUCCGAGAGCAGGCUUCUUGCCAGCAGGUGGAAUCUGACAGUGAAAUUGAUGAUGAUGAUCUGGCACACGAUGAAGUGCUCAUGGAUGCUGUUUCUGAUUUGCUUCCAGCAUUUGCAAAGGCCAUGGGCUCCAAUUUUGCUCCCAUCUUUUCUCAGCUGUUUGAACCCUUGAUGAAAUUUGCUAAAGCUUCACGCCCCCCUUCAGACCGGACCAUGGUUGUCGCUUGCCUGGCAGAAGUUGCACUGGAUAUGGGUGCUCCUAUUGCUGGUUAUAUUGAUGUUGUGAUGCCUUUAGUACUCAAGGAACUGGCAUCAUCUGAGCCCACCAACCGGAGAAAUGCAGCAUUUUGUGUUGGCGAGCUGUGUAAAAAUGGUGGAGAACAUGCGUUGAAAUACUAUGGUGAUGUUUUACGUGGCCUUUAUCCUUUGUUUGGAGAAACAGAGCCAGAUAAUGCAGUUAGGGAUAAUGCUGCCGGUGCUGUGGCUCGGAUGAUAAUGGUUCAUCCAGAGUCUAUACCUCUCAACCAGGUUCUACCUGUUUUCUUAAAAGUUCUUCCUUUGAAAGAAGAUUUUGAAGAAUCCGUUGCCGUAUAUAGUUGCAUUUGCCAUCUUGUUUUAUCAUCUAAUUCCCAGAUCCUCUCUCUAGUCCCCGAUUUGGUCAAUGUUUUCGCCCAGGUUGCUGUAUCACCUCUAGAAACCCCUGCAGCAAAGGCUCCCAUAGGCAGAGCUUUCUCUCACUUAAUAUCUUUAUACGGUCAACAAAUGCAGCCUCUCUUGUCAAACCUUUCACCUGCACAUGCAAAUGCUUUAGCUGAAAUUGCUCCUAAGAGCUGA